CCGGAAGUUUGAUAGCAAUAUGGCGGAUAUUCCAAAUGACGCUCCUCAACAUUGUCCAGGAACCAGCAGUGAGCAAGCUGGCAAAUCUUCAGCUUGUGAAGGAUGUCCGAACCAGGCCAUAUGUUCCUCCGGUGCUUCCAAAGCUCCAGAUCCUGCUGUAGAGGAGAUCAAGCUGAAGUUGUCCACCGUGAAGCACAAGAUUGUAGUUCUGUCUGGUAAAGGAGGUGUCGGGAAAAGCACGUUUAGUGCUCACUUGGCUCACGCCCUGGCUAGUGAUGAAUCCACAGAGGUGGCUCUGCUGGACGUGGACAUCUGUGGACCAUCGAUACCCAGAAUAAUGGGGCUAGAGGGAGAGCAGGUUCAUCAGAGUGGCUCUGGCUGGUCUCCUGUGUACGUAGAAGAUAACCUGGCUGUCAUGUCCAUCGGCUUCCUGCUCAGCAGUCCUGAUGACGCUGUGAUCUGGAGAGGCCCGAAGAAAAACGGAAUGAUUAAGCAGUUCCUGAGAGAUGUGGACUGGGGCGAGCUGGACUACCUGAUAGUGGACACACCCCCGGGAACCUCCGAUGAACACCUGUCCGUGGUGCAGUAUCUGAGUGGAGCAGGCAUCGAUGGAGCUGUUAUUAUAACUACACCACAGGAAGUGUCUCUGCAGGACGUCCGGAAAGAGAUCAGAUUCUGUCAGAAGGUGAGGCUGCCCAUCAUCGGCGUGGUGGAGAACAUGAGCGGCUUCGUGUGUCCCAAAUGCAAGAACACGUCUCAGAUUUUCCCUCCGACCACGGGAGGAGCUCAGCGGAUGUGCGAGGAGCUGAGUCUGCCUCUGCUCGGCCGAGUUCCUCUGGACCCACGGAUAGGUCGAAGCUGUGACGAGGGAAAGUCUUUCCUGAAUGAAGUGCCAGAUUCUCCAGCGGCCGCAGUCUAUCGGGCUAUAGUGCAGAGUAUAAAAGAUUACUGUGCUUCUGGUUUCUCCUCACAUGGAAACUCGAACAUGGAUAACAAGUGAACAUCAGCGCUGGACAACAAUCUAUGGUGUAUAAUCAUAAUCAUAAUCAUAAUCAAUUCCAGAAUUGGUUUUCAUUCUAUAAGAGCAUGUUACGUUCUUUAUAGGGGGUAUGUAGUCGUCGCCCCCCCAGUUUGGCUUUAUCUGAACAUCUACAGGAACGCUUGAGUGAGUCAUUUCUGGUCAUGGACUCCUUGCGAUAUUCCUUUACAAUUUAUAUGACAGCACCUACAUCUACAUCCUUUUUCUUUAAAUGUAUGUGUUACGUCACUGCUCUUUAAUUCUUCCAUGCCGAAAUACUCAAUGCUCAUUCAGAUUCUUUUUUUAACGUGGAAAAAAUUUCACACUCGGAGUUUCAGGGGUUAAAUUAGCAGUUCCUUUUAGCGCACCGCUAAACACGGAACUAUGGUAAUGUUUUAAAUUUUCCUCUUUAUGAAUGCAAGUGAUCCCUGAUGAGUAGAAGCACUGAAGGAGAACAUUUCAAUCAACAUCAGUGGUUAUGAUUUCUGUUCUGAAUUUGUUUUCAAUGUGAACACGAGCAAAAUGAGGCUUCAUGUAGUGAAAUGUUCCUGUUCGUACCACGGCGUUGUUGAAAUCUUCUUUCUGAUUGGCCAGAACAUGUUGAUUGUCCGUUACUGUGUGUACAUUACGGAUUCUAUAGCAACAGAUCAUUCACAGGGACUUGUACGGCGGACGCUCCACAGAUAAUAAACAGAUUAACAAGUGUG